AUGCGUGGAAACAAGUUUGAAAAUGGAACUGACAAAAAAGAUUUGCAAUAUCGAUCGAAAAUUGAACGGUAAUGGGAGGUCAAAAAUAUUUUUGUUUUAGAAAUUGGUAGAUCAAAUUUUUUGGAAAGUUACAAUUAGAUUUUGUUUAAAAAAAACUUAUUUUUGCACCGAUAAAAAUAUUAAAAAACGUGAACUUACUACGCGAAAUUUUAAAAUUCAUCUCCUCAGAAAAUAUUCAAUUUCUAUUUUUUCCAGAUUGGGAGCACAAGAAGAAACAAUUUGGGAGCAAAGACGGGAGAAAUUGAGCAAAGCUGUGAAUUUGAUUGAAGAAUGUGUUUCGGCAGAUCCACAUGAUUAUUUAGCACUUUAUUAUGCUGCGUAUUUCCAUGCGAUUUGUUAGUUUCAAAGAAAAAACUCACAAAAUACGAAAUCAACCAAUCUACUUAUUUUUUGCAGCUCGAGAUCUUGAAUCAGCAAAAGAUCGAUGUAGUCGAAGUCUUGCUUUAAAUAGUGAUCAACCUUGUGCAAUUAUGCUUCUUUCCUUAAUCUUCUCCUCUUAUGGCGAUCUUAAAGGCGCAUUGGAAUUAAUUGUAAACGCAUUGAAUGAUUUCGAAAAUAAUUAUGGAUUAUUAGUUCUUCGAUUACAUAUUGAAACAAAAUUCGGAAGAAUUGAGGAAUCUUUGGAUACUUCUACGAAUUUGUUGGAUUUUUUGGAAGAAACGAGAUGCUUGUAAUUAUAAUACAAAUACAAAUUCGACAUUUGCUUAUUCUGGUGGACUUGGAAUUGAUGAAGAAAGAUCGCAGAAAACAUUGGAAAAUGGAGGAAGUGUUUUGGGAAGAGAGGGAAGUAUGAAGCUAGGAACACCUUCGUUGGGAAGAGAUUUGUCCGCAAAUAAUACACCGAUUGGAUUGAUUUCGACACCGUCUUUUACGACGAAUUUAUCGAUGCCUGCGAAUGCGUCGAAUAUUGAUUUAUCGAGUAAGUUUUGGGGAAAAGCUGCGGGUAUAUUUUGAGGCUGGAACGAAACUUUUUUUAAGUUUCUGAAACUUGAAUUCUUUAUCCCUCCUAAAUCCAUUUUUGUUCCAGUUGGUGAUAGUGGUGUCGCUCCUUCUGAAGGUGGCCAAUCCUCAACAUCUGACAGUGCAACAAUCACAAAUGGAAUAUCAGAUGCUUGGUCGAAAUUCCGAUCUCAAGCUGAUAUUUGGAUGGCUCUUGCUGAAUUAUAUCUGGCUGAAGGAAAAUUAUCAGAAGUGUCGAAAUGUGUUGAACAAGCUGUUGUUCUAUUUCCACACUCGCCACAAGCAAUGUAUUUGAAAGGAAGAUUGUUGGGAUAUCGAGCACAGAAAAUUGAGGAAAAAGCGACGGCGGCAAAAAUAAGAGGAGAAGCGAAGGCGGCGUAUUUGAGUGCGUUGGCGUUGGCACCAAAUCAUUCGCCAUCGAUGUCGGCUUUGGCAAAAUUGUAUUCGGAAGAAGGAAAUUUGAAAAUGGCCGAACAUAUGUUAAGGUAAAAUAUAUUUUUUAAAACUAGGUAUUAGAAAAAACGUAUUUCGAAAUUUUGAAUAGAGAUUUUUCAAGUCUAAAAAAUCUACUGUUUUCCGUUUUGAAAUAAAAAAUUUAAAAUUUUGGUUUCAAAAUAUAGUUUUAAACAUUUUCUUGAUUCGCUUCGGAACUUUUUUAUCACAAAAUUUUUACAGAGAAAUGGUGCGAGAUGAUCCUUUGAAUUGUGAAUGGUGGCAACAAUUGGGAUGCACUUUGAUGAAAAAUGGAGAUGCUGAGAGGGCUACCGAAUGUUUAACAGCUGCUGCUGAUUUAGAUAGAUCCACUCCACUUUUACCAUUUUCAAUAAUUCCAUUGGUUUUCCCGAGUUCGUUUUAA